ACAACAGAAAGCAGCAUGGCUGAUUGGAGCGAAAUUCCAAGUGUAGUCUUUAUCGAAAUAUUGCAGUACCUCCACCGAAAAGAUAUAAUUAGUAGUUGCUCUACGUGCAGACAGUGGCGAUCGCACUUGUUCAAUUGCAGACUGUGGCGGUCUGUCAGCUUGGCUUUUAUAAAUUCAUCUGAUGAUGAAGUCUCCGGUCUGAAAUUUAUUAUUGAUCAAAUUGGUAGACACAUUCGCGAACUGACCCUCCGGUUUUCGCUGACAGUCGCUCAUUUUACUGAUGACAUGAAGUCAGUCGACCGCGUCGUCGAGGUACUAAAGCUUGUGCCCGCAAAACAGAUCCGAAAGAUAUCUGUUCAGUGUCGUACACCGGCGGUUUUCGACGAUCUAUAUGCUCUAUUCGACACCGAGGGUAAAGAUCACAAUCGUAAUUAUUGGUUACCGAACGAAAACAACGGCGUUGGUAGUUAUCUGAAUGGAUACUAUGCUAUCCUAGGGAACGACGGCGAAUCCAGGUUCGUUGAUGCGUUGCUGAGACUCGUCACAGACAGUCAGAGUUUGACGGAAUUUAGUCUCGGCGGUUUACGCAGUUGCUUGUGCCGUGCGCCGCUAUUGGUUCAACGUCUAGCUAAAUGCCAUGCUGCUAUGCUUGAAAAAUUGCAUCUGGCGUCGGUAUCAGGUAUGCAGAUCAUCACAAAGGUGAAUACUGAGCACUGCUACAACAUUGGUAACUUACAAGCUUUUACGAAUCUGUCGGAACUCAGCUUAGACUACAUUGGAGGGCAGCUAUCGGAGAGCCUGCUGGAUUCGCUCGCGCGUCCCGGCGUGCAUCCCCUGCGCCUCCUCCGCGUCUUCGUCGCCACCGACAACCACGUGUACGAGCACGUCGCCGACCUUGCGCGCGCCAACCCGAUCCGCGACGACGCGUGGGCGUGUCUGCGCGCGCACAGCCCCGCGCUCCGCGUCCACGUCACCUUUUUCGACGUCGACGGUUGCCACGGCGACGACGCGAGCAUCCUGCAGCCGAGCGCGCCCGUCUCCGCUCUCGCGUUCGUGUUCGCGUCGCCGUUCCGCGGAUCGGCGGGGUCGUCGUCGUCGGCGCUGGGUUUCGCGCGGCAGCACUACGCGGCGACGCUGCGGUCGCUGUGCGUGCUGAGGGACGUGGAACGCGAGCCGGCGCAGUACCGCGACGACGACGAGGAGGACGAACUCGUGCUGCUCGCGUGGAAGUGCAAGAAUCUGGAGAGCUUCACGCUCAUCGGGUACGAGUUUGCACAGGAAGACAUAUUUGCCAUAGCACGCCUGCUGAAGUCGAAGCUGAAACAUUUUUGCAUUCCGCAGUGCUGUAUCGCCACGACUCAGGAAGAUGGCGUCAUUGAAAUAGUCGAGUUCUAA